AUGGGAAGUACUUGUGAAGUGCGGUCCUUGCAAUGGGUAAUGGCGAUUUUCUUGAUAGCACUUGUGGGUGGAGCCAGGGCAGUCUCCAUAUGUAACAUUGACUCCGCCAAGCUGAAUGAAUGUCGCCCGGCAGUGACCGGAAACUCACCAAAACCACCAACCAAGAAAUGCUGUGACGUUGUCCACCAAGCCAACUUGCCCUGCCUCUGCAACUACAAGUCUGCCUUCCCUGCGUUUGGGAUCAACCCUGCGCUAGCUAUGGCGUUGCCUAAGAAAUGUGGCAUGAACACACCACGAGAAUGCCAUGUGGUUUGA